AUGCAGCUUCUUUUGAUCUUGGCUCUGUUGAGCCCAGUGGUUGAUCCUACACCAGGUAAAACUACAGAAGCUGCUUGUACAUUUCAGGGGAACUUUGAGCUGCCCGGAUUCCAUGCAGAUGGAGACAUUAUUAUUGGAGGACUGUUUCCCAUACAUACCCGGUUAGUGGUUCCUGAACUCAACUAUACCCACAAACCUGCAGCUUUAGGGUGCCAAGGUUUUAGCUCUAGAACAUUUCGUCGGGCCCAGACAAUGAGAUUUGCUAUUAAAGAAAUCAACGAGAAUCCAAGUCUUCUUCCAAAUAUUACUUUGGGAUAUAUGAUUUAUGAUUUAUGUAACACACAUGUGGCUGCAGUGCGAGCUGCUUUUUCAGUUCUUAAUGGAAUCAAAGAAGUCUCAAGUAUGAUGUGCUCUGCAGCCUCACCUGUGAAGGUCAUUAUUACAUCAUUUUCUGCUAUUGUGUCAAAUACACUGGAACCUUUUAAAAUCCCCUUGAUAAGUUAUGCCUCAACAUGUGCUUGCCUAAGCAACAGAAACAACUAUCCACAUUUUUUUCGAACUAUUCCGAGUGAUUAUUACCAGGUGAAAGCCAUCGUUCAGCUGGUAAAGCACUUUGGAUGGACCUGGGUUGGAGGAGUUUAUGAAGAUACUGGAUAUGGAAUAUUUGCGUUUGAACAGCUAAGUAAAGAAUUUAAAAAAAACGGAGUCUGUUUGGCCUACUGUGAAAUGAUUCCUAAAGUGUACAGCAGAAAAAGGAUUCUUGAAAUUUUAGACAUAAUGAAGAAGUCCUCUGCAAAGGUGGUCAUAUCAUUUGCUGAUGAAGGGCAGCUCUCCACCUUACUGACAGAGUAUGUACAGCAAAAUAUCACAGGUAUUCAGUGGAUAGCCAGCGAAGCCUGGAUAACAGCUUCCGUGUUUUCAUCCAGAGAAUUCUACCCAACACUAGGUGGUACAAUUGGAUUUGCCAUUCGCAGGGGGGAGAUUCCUGGUUUAAAAGACUUCCUGCUUCAAGUUCAUCCAUCGUUGUACCCUGACAAUGCUCUAGUCAAGGACCUCUGGAACACUAUGUUUGGAUGUGCAUUUCAACCUUCAAACACCACUGACCAGUCUAUGAGCAAGCUGCCUUUGUGUACUGGUCAUGAAUCUUUAGAAGAGAAGUACAGUGAAUACACAGAUGUAUCUAGUCUCAGAUUCUCUUAUAAUGUGUAUAAAGCAGUAUACGCUUUUGCUCAUUCGUUGCACAAUUUGAUAAACUGUGAGCCUGGCAAAGGACCAUUUGAUAAUUUCACAUGUGCAGAUAUUUCAAACAUUGAACCUUUUCAGCUUCAGCAUUACAUUCAAGAAGUGUCAUUCACAAUGCUCGGAGAACAAAUCAACUUUGAUAACAAUGGAGACACACCUGCCUCCUAUGAUUUGAUAAACUGGCAGAGAGACACGGAUGGAACUAUUCGCUUUGUCACAGUGGGGCUUUACGAUGUAUCCAAAGGUGUGGGCAAAGAGCUUGUGAUAAACGAAAAGACAUUACAUUGGAGUAGCAACCAAGACAAGGUACCAAGGUCAGUAUGCACUGAAAGCUGCCCCCCUGGUACAAGGAAAGCGGUUCUUCGAGGAGAGCCUCUUUGUUGCUUUGACUGUCUACCAUGUGCUGAUGGCGAGAUUAGUAAUCAGACAGAUUCAAUAGAAUGCAUACAGUGCCCUAUGGAUUUCUGGUCGAAUGCUCAAAGAACUGAAUGCAUACCCAAAGAAAUUGAAUACCUUACGUACGAUGAAAUGGGGGUCACAUUAACUGUGAUUGCCUUAUCUGGGGCCUGUCUUACAAUUGGUGUCCUUGCUGUGUUCCUUUAUUACAAAAACACUCCAAUAGUCCGUGUCAACAACUCUGAACUCAGCUUUUUCAUUCUGCUGUCACUAACACUGUGUUUCCUGUCUUCUAUUGCAUUCAUAGGUGAGCCAGCUAAUUGGUCUUGCAUGUUUAGGCACACUGUGUUUAGCAUCACCUUUUCACUGUGCAUAUCUUGUAUUCUUGGUAAAACAAUAGUGGUGCUAAUGGUCUUUAAAGCCACACAGCCUGGCAGUACUAUAAUGAAAUGGUUUGGACCCACACAACAAAGAAUUAUGAUUUCCGCUUGCACUUCUGUUCAGAUUAUCAUCUGUGCUAUAUGGUUGAUUGCUAUGCCCCCUCUCCCUACAAAAAACACUAAAUAUCAAAGUUCAAAGAUUAUUUUGGAAUGUGAUGUUGGGUCUACCUUGGCAUUUUGGUGUGUAUUGGGCUAUAUUGGGAUUUUGGCUUGUAUGUGUUUUGUUCUUGCAUUUUUAGCAAGGAAACUGCCGGGCAAUUUCAAUGAGGCCAAAUACAUUACAUUUAGUAUGCUCAUCUUUUGUGCUGUAUGGAUAGCCUUUAUACCCGCGUAUGUCAGUUCGCCAGGAAAAUACACAGUUGCAGUUGAAAUAUUUGCUAUUCUUUCAUCGAGUUUUGGGCUACUUUUCUGCAUAUUUGCACCAAAAUGCUACAUCAUUUUACUGAAGCCAGAGAAAAACACUAAACAAUACAUUAUGGGGAAAAGCACAGAGAAAAAAAAAAAAACGGCCUAA